CACGCCACGCUGCUCAACAACACCUGGAAGUUUGGGGGGAAUAGCUGGAGCCUGCGGUACCUGUGCCUCCUGAUCCGCCACUUCCCCAACGCCUGCCUGCUGGGCCCUGAGGGGACCCCCAUCUCCUGGUGCCUCACCGACCAACUGGCUGCCCUGACGCACAGUUACACCCUCCCGGAGCAUCGCGGCCAGCACUACCUGAGGUCCGUGGUGGGGACGCUGGCGGCACAGUUGCAUGCCCGCGGCUUCCCUGUUUACACCCGGGUGCUGCCCCACAACGAGACUUCGCUGCACAUGCUGCAACACCUCGGCUUCCGCAUCCUGCCUGGGGUGUUCUACCUGUUGGUUGUGAGGCCUGGGUUCACCCAGUCCCAGCCAGCCAGUGCCCUGGAUUCGGCCCAGGACCCUGCGCCCAGCUCUCGGGAAGAGCCAUGUGCCCAAUAGCACAUAGCAUGGGGGGAAGGGAGAUGAGGACACAGCCUACGGCCCUGCGCCCAGCUCUGGGGGACAGCCAUGCUCUGCCAGCUUGGAGCCCUGGGGGAGGGGAGGAGAUGGGGUCUCAGACCAGGGCCAAGCGGCCAACUCUGGGAAACGGCCGCGCUCUGACAGCCACCAGGGGAGCUCAGCUGUCAGCCCUU